GAAGCCAAGCGCCAAGCCUUUCUCGCGUUGGACGCUUCUCGUGUUUGUGGCGAUUUCACGUGUUGCUACUGCUUGGGGUCUUCCAUCCUAUUUGUAGUUGCGUCCUGUAACCCGGCGAAACAUGGGGAACGCCAAAACUACAAAGAAAAGAAAAAACCGCUACAACUACAGCAUAAAUCGUAAGAAGAAGCUGAAGAAGAAGGCCAAGCGUAGGAUCAAGAUCCAAAGUGUGCCCGUGAAAGAGGCCUGGGAGGAGACCAAAGGCGUCUACGACAACUUGCGGGACAUGGGUCUCGCCGCCGACCCCAACGAAGCCCUUUCGAUCGCGGGCAGCAGCAAAAAGGUCAAAGCACCCAAGCGAAUCGUCGUGAAGAAACUCGAAGAAGAAGCGUCGCAACCGACGGCGAACACGCUGCGUCUAUCUGGCGACAACGUCAAGUUCUGCGUCUACAUGCUGGAGAAGUACGACGAAGACUACGUGGCCAUGGCUAGGGACCGAAAAAACUAUUUCCAAGAGACGCCCGCACAGAUCCGGCAGAAGAUCCAGACGUUCAAGAAGAUACCGGAACAGUGGAACGCUUACCUGAGGGCGAAGGAAAUGGUGUGAGGCCGAACGCAGUGGCUGAAAUACAGGUUUUAUUCUGGGGCUAUCUGACGAUUGCUGAAACACCUUAUUUAAUGGCUAUCUGCGCGUUAAAUUUUGUUUUUAUCUAAGGUUUCUUUUAUUAUUAGACGUUACGUGUUUUUUAGCGGUGUUCUGCAAAACAUCGCGGUCUUGUGCAGUUUGUGCGAUUGCCAUGCUGUUGAAUGAACAAUGGUGAACUUCUGUUUGGAUAGCGAGUUUUAUAGAAUGCAAAAAUAUCCCAUAGAAUCGAUUCGUCGAGGAAGCACUCCCAUAAGCUGAGAACCGAUUUGGUAAAACUUGCUAUCCAAAAAUUGUCAUUCCAUUUCAGUAAGAAAAAAAACAAACAAAUCUAUCCACAAGCUCGUGCAACUCAACUGGAAAUGGCUAGUUGUCUGAUGCAUAUGCAGCGAACCCAAGUUCAAUCCCACAAACCUUUUUUUUUUCUAACAUUUAUUUUUUUAUUUUUUGGUUGAGCAUUUAACUAUAUUUACGGCAUUUCUUUUUUAACUAUCACUGAACAAAACAAAUGUUGUCGACGAAACUUCGCAGAACUAAAUUAAAUGGGACUCCCUUUCCGGAGGUGCAAUGAAGGACAGCGGGGCUUGGUUUGCCGGCUGGACGCCGCGAAGCGGCGUGUAUAAGAGGCCAAGUGGGUUAAUAGGUUUGUAAUUAGCAGCCGCAGACUGUCGCUGCGAAGCGGCGUGAACACAGGUGGGGGUGGGGGGUUAACACGCUCCCCAGUGAUACACGUGCCCUUCGAAAAGGGUGACCCAUAUGGCAUGAGCUCUAUGUGUCGUGCGUAUAGCCAUUUCCAGUCAAGUUGCACGAGCUCGUGCAUAUAGCUAUACUCAAAACAAUAACCUCUUUCUUGCUGAAAACUUUUGUGGUCCCGCAGUGUCCUUUCUUAACAAUAUUAGGCUUAGGUGGGUGUCGGCUCAUAUUGAAAUUUUGUUUUUCUCAAUUAUCUUUUGAUCAAGGCAACAUCAUUUUCUGAAACUUCAGCGUUUUAUCCCAACCGCCAGCAUCAGAUUCUCACGGAGUUGGAGCCCUCUGCGAUACAUAGUUUAUUUGCCCUGGCCAAAAAGCAUGGUUCUGGCUUCUCGGAAACUCCCUGUACUACUUCAAGUAGGUUCAUAAAACUUUUACUUUA